CAACGCCGGGAGAUUCAUUACCCAAUAACGCGUCGUAGUUAGAGUAUACAUAUAGCAGCUAUUGUGGCUUUUUUCAUAUAGGCAAUGUUGCCGCUGACUUAGGUCGACUGGGACUUGCUUCGUCAGUUAUCAGCAGAUCGUCAGUCGUUGGUACGAGCCUCCCGAGGAAACACACUCUUGGAAUAUUGCAGCGUACAGUUUCGUUUAACAGUUCAAAAUCCUUCUACGGCCUGCCUCUGCGAUAAACAUGGAUUUUUGUAAAGUGCGAGUCAUGGGGCUCAAAGUUCUGCCUACCUUGCUGAUUUUAUGCUUAGGAGUAUGUUUAAGUCGAGCAGAGUCUCGAGAAAUCACACACGAGGAUAUAAAAGACGCGAUGCUAAGCCUGGUGCACAUGAUGCGCGAUAACACAGAGAAGCUCGAGAGACACGAAGCUAGAGAUCGUCAAACAGCUGAGCAGCUCAAAAAGGCGAUAUCAUUGUUGACCAAGAGGAUGUCCAGCAUCGACGGAUUGAAGGCGUAUUUUGUGAAAUUUGAUGAAAGGGUCACCGGCAUCGAGCAACUUAUCAGUCAGAAGGACGAGCGCGAGCGUAUUCAGAUACAGAAGACAGCCGACAGCUUACAGGAUCUGGAGAGCCGGCUCGAAGGGUGGGCUACGGAGAUCGAGUCAAAGGUAGUGGAGGGCAUAAGACAGGCCGUGGCAAUGACUCCCACCGUCGCUAAACCAGACCGAACAGCUGAGCUGCUUGCGGGAAUUGAGGCUAGCGAAGCCAAACUCGAGACCAAACUCGAGACUAAGCUGAGCGAGCUUAUUGCCAUAACCGACACGCGCCAGCUCACUAACAAAAUGUUCUCCGAGGUUAGAAAUACUGUUCAGCAAAUUGGAUUAACGAUUACCGACGUUUCACAAGCUGUAGAAAAACUGCAAAAAUACGAGUGCACUUUGAGCGGCCAGCACAGAUUGCCCAGUAACGCAAGCGAUGAUCAGCUGGUCCGUGUUCACGAUCUAGUUCAAUCGACUUUGGAACAGAUUCGAGAGUUACCGAGAGUUUCAGAGCUGCAAACUGUAUACAACGAGACUAGGGCUUCACUUCAAGAAAUGAGGCACGCUGUAAAAGUUGCGAUUGUUGAAGGUAACCAAGCUCUUCAGACUAAGAUGACAGCAGAUGAAAAAAAUGUUCAGGAGUCAAUAAGUUUGCUUAGGUUCGCGUUAACGAGCAACUCCGAUCAUAUAAAUCAGGAACUGCACGAACUCGGAAAGGGUCAGUCUGUCAUGGUGGAAAUGGCCGAUCAAGUGCUCGACACUAAAAAACGCCUGGAGCACGCGUAUAAAAUUUUGCGCGAGCUUGCUGAAUUGAUAAUGGUCCAAGGCCUUAACAUCAAUCAGACCUUAAACACACGCUUCGAUGGAAUAUCCAAUGACAUUAUGGACAAUCAAAACGGAGCUUUAGCUAAUUUGACCGUGAAGAUGGAGCAAGAAAUGAAUCAGGUUUGGCGACAGAUUAACGUCAUGUAUCAGCAGAUGAUGGAAAGUGCUAAGGCUCUCGAUAAACUACACAAGCAGAACGAAGCUUAUGUCAAUGGAACUACUUCGACGAUGGAUGGAAUGGAGAGCAAGGUGGGAGAGAUAACGAAACGUAUGAGCGAAGUCGACACAAACCUCAACUACCUAUUGGGCCGUCUGUCUCUGGUUACCCACGAGUUUAACCAGAUCAAACAGGGUCUUGGCGCCGCGCUUGACAACAUCAAAGCUUCCUUCAAGGAGGUUCAGGAAAAGGCAAACGACCUGCGCAGCAGUCCCGGCCCACACCCGUUGCCCCAGGACUACGAGGAACUCGGGUUGCGACUCGAACCUUAAUCCAAUUCAACAGACUCAAUGCAGCUCUUACAUAUUUAUCAACAUAUAUGCGCUUUAUUACAUAUUUUAUAUUCAAAUCACCGUUCUUUAAACCCUUUAACUUGUCUCAUUCUUUUUGCAUUUAAUUUGACAAAUCUGAGUUUUCUUUUACCAUUAAACUAUAAGGAAUAAUAACAUUUUAAAGAUUAUGCGCUUCAGCGAUAUUCUCUACACAUCUAAAAUAAUAAUUGGUUUUUACAUCAGGCUGUAUUUAUUUUUAUCAAUUCAAAUUUUAUUUCCGGCAAACAAUCAUUGGAUGGAGCAAUUGAUUAAUUAUGAAUGCUUGCUUCGGAACAAUAAACUCGCUUUCUGGCGUUCACUCUUUUUUUCUAGAUCAACUAAGAAUCGAUCCACCGUGUAAGUGAGCCUAGGUUUUGGUUUUUGUUUAAUAUUUUUCUUUUUUCUGUGUUUAAAAUCUCAGCCCCUUUAUUAUAUAAAUAAAGUUUCAUUUAAAGUUUCUGUUAUAA